CGGAAAGCUCCCUAGGGCACAAAGUGUUCUCAAGGUGUUUUUGUGUUGUUAAAUUUGCUCGAGUGUGCUUACUGAGAUGGCGCAAUUUUCGAAAGACGCGUUAUGGAAUGGUUCAGUGCGGUCCGUGAUACACUUCAGUCGAGUUGGUAGCUUUAUGCGAUUUGACGUAUUCCGCGCGCGGUGAUGCUGAUGACACUUGUAAGGUUAAUUUAUGAAAUGUCAAAUACUUUCCAUGUAAUUCGCGAGUGAAUUUAUAACGAACUGACUGUGUGCUAAUGAUACUAAUGCAGUGAUAGUUAUUAUCUAGUGUAAUGGACUGUUACUAUACGAAGUUUUUUCCAAGACGUAAGUGACAAAUGCGACUGUUAGUGUUAGUGCGGUGAUCGUUACAUCCAUGAGUCAUGAUGCACCCAGCUGGAUACUAUGCGAACCUUGCCGGCACCAUUGCGUCCCCGUGGAGCACAGCGGCAGGCGCGCCCGAUACCAACGGAGCCGCCGCCGACGCCAAGCAUCUCGACGUCGGCGAUGCCAGCGAUGAUGAGAAGGAUAUGUCAGCGGCGGAUGCGGAGGGUGUUUGGAGUCCAGACAUCGAGCAGAGCUUCCAGGAGGCGCUGGCGAUAUACCCUCCCUGUGGACGGCGGAAAAUUAUACUCUCGGACGAGGGCAAGAUGUACGGAAGAAACGAACUUAUAGCAAGAUAUAUAAAAUUAAGAACAGGCAAAACGCGCACAAGGAAACAAGUCUCGUCACACAUACAAGUACUAGCCAGGCGGAAACUAAGAGAAAUUCAAGCUAAACUUAAAGUGGACGGUGGUGUGAUGAAAGAGAAGGCGAUGCAGUCAAUGAGCACACUAUCUAGCGCUCAAAUAGUGGCCAGUUUGCCUCACCCGGCGUACCAUCACACGCAAUUCUGGCAGCCAGGUCUACAAGCUGGUACGUCACAAGAUGUAAAGCCGUUUCCCGGCGCGGGCUACAAGGGCGUCCCGGGAGUAGGUGGAGUGGUCCCGGGCGGCACGGAUGUCGCCCCCCCUCCUCCAUGGGAAGGUCGCGCCAUCGCCACACAUAAACUUCGCCUCGUCGAGUUCUCUGCCUUCGUGGAACACCCCAGAGAUCCAGACACGUAUCCACCCAGUACGUCGCCCGCGCAACAUCUCUUUGUACAUAUAGGAGGCUCAGUCACUUACGCAGAUCCCUUACUAGAGUCAGUAGAUGUUCAGCAAAUCAACGACAAAUUCCCGGAGAAGAAAGGCGGCUUAAAAGAGUUGUACGAGAAAGGACCACGGAACGCGUUCUUCCUCGUCAAGUUCUGGGCAGACCUCAACAGUAACAACUUAGAUGACCCGGCCGCCUUCUACGGCGUCACUAGUGUAUACGAGAGCAACGAGAACAUGACGAUUACGUGCAGUACCAAGGUGUGCUCGUUCGGGAAGCAGGUGGUGGAGAAGGUGGAGACUGAGUACGCCAGGUUCGAGGGCGGCAGGUUCGUGUACCGGAUCCACCGGUCGCCCAUGUGCGAGUACAUGGUGAACUUCAUACACAAGCUGAAACACCUGCCCGAGAAGUACAUGAUGAACAGUGUGCUCGAAAACUUCACCAUACUGCAGGUUGUUUCAAAUCGAGAUACUCAGGAGACCCUACUGUGCGCGGCAUUCGUCUUCGAGGUGUCGAACAGCGAGCACGGAGCUCAACAUCACAUCUACAGACUCGUGAAAGACUGAUCACACACACACACACACACACCUGAACAUUGUUGUGAACGUGUCAGUGACCUGUUGUGAUAUCGUUUGUUCCACUACCAAGGUAUUGCCUACGUUUUGAUUUGAUUGAAUAAAGUUCGGGGCCUUCUUAAUGUUGCUAUGAUUUAUCCAUUUAUUUUAUAAGCCGUGCUAAAAAGAAACAGUUUUAUUAAUUGCGGGCGUUUUUAAUUCAGAAAAUAUGCUGUCGCGUUCAUUGAAAGAAGUAAUAAUGUUAGAAUAGUAUAUUAUCCGUUCGAGUGACGUAUCGUCAUAAAAUCCCGUAUGCUUUGUUCUUCUAUAGAUUAGCAAAUAUUGGUGUAGAGCAGGUUGAUAUGAACCCUGCAGUUGAACAAAGCAUUCAAGAUUUUAUGACGAUACGUCACUCCAACGGUUAUGAUUGAGCUAUGUUGCUCAUUAUACACGUGGGUUGCAGCCCGAGCCGUAGUCGAGGGCGUACAGCAGCCAAGUGUCUACUGAGCAAGUUGCUUACGAGUUUCAUACGCACAUUUUCAAUUCGCUUGCGAGAAAAAAACAAUCAUGUAUUGCAUAAAUCGUGUAAUUAAUUAGAGACACAUUUAUUUAUUACAAAAAUAUAAAUGGAUUUUAAGAGACAUAAAACCUCUUUGUUGUUACAAAAAAAACUGUAAUACCCGGUUAAAUUGAAAAUGCUCUGUUUACUCUCAUAUAAUUUCCAGUUUGAUACUAAAUUAACUUUGUAGGGAUAAUUAUAUUAUCUACUAGUGUGUAAUAUUAUUGUGCACGUGUGUGCUGUAGUUCAGUUUAUGGCCCUAUGCAAGUGUGUUGAAAAUUCAUUUAUUACUCUUUUUCGUAUACAGGACAGGGUUGUGCUAUGUAUAUAUUAUAUGCAUAUUAUCUGAUAUGAUGUGAAAGGGAUAGCAUGCAGCGGCCGCCAAUUGUAAAACUCUUCUUAAUUGGCACGGCUAUAACCCAUAGAUAUUUUUUUGGUAAAAUUUCUACUAAAAUGUGCAAUUUUGUAUAUAUAUAUAUUAAAUAUUCGACAAAGUAGACAAAUAAAAUACAUUAAGAAGCCUCGUUCUGAUCAGUGUUUGUAAACAAAUUAAUAUGAUUCUUAAACGCAGGACGUUUUAAUUACUGUAUUCUUAAAUGGAUGGUAUGUUUGUGAAAUAUUUUAAUUAAAUGUGAUUCGAAAAGCGGACGUUUUUGCUACUGGCAAUAAUAAUUAUAAUUAUAGAAUUCGUGUUAUAUAUAAUAAUAUGUCAAAUGUGAUCUGAGAUUAUGUGAGUAUUUUUAUAUAAAAAAAUAUCUUUACGUGUACGUAGCUCAAUUUUUAAUACUUCAUUUUGUCUUUUUAUAUGUUUGUAUCGCUUAAUUAUUAUUCUUCUCUCCAUUGUUUUUAUACUUUUAUGUUUCACGUCUUAGAUAACGUGUCUAGAUAAUUCUAGAUUUGUAAAGAAAUGUCAAAAUAAAGAUAAUAUACAUACUUAAAGGAAUAUUGAAUACACACAGUGCCUCUAAUAAUUAUGUUAUAUUAACAUAAAUUACUUGAGUGUUUUUAAUCUUUUCACUUUGCCGUUACACAUUGAUGUAACUGACAGUAACAAUAUUUUGAUUAACAGUUAAUUUUAAUACUAAUUUCUUUCAUUUUAAUUUUUUACAAAGAUUUGUACCUUAUUUUCUACUAAAAGAUGAAAUGUAGCUAUUAGAAUUUUAUCUGUUUACGUUUUACUGGUAUAGGACAAUAUAAAUGCAACAAGAGACGUAGGCCGGGUUCCCACUACGCCGGACCGUUAGAUCUGCCGAAACCGGACACCGGAUAAAGUGUUCAUACAUUCACAGUCGACAUUACACUGGAUCCCGGAUAAGAAAAUUAGACAGUCAUGUACUCACAUCAGUUGUGCGCACAAUGGACGACGAAAUUGUUUUAUAGAAGGCAGAAUAAAAUAAAACAUUGUUUACAUCCUAUUUUACGGGAAAGAUUUUCACUUUAAAACAUUUGAGAUUUUUAUCAAAAAAAGCGAGCCGAAUGACGCGAGGAGAGCACGGGUGCGGCGAGCAAGGGACAGAUAACGGCACUAAGUCGUUCACAAUUACCCCGGACGGGAGUUCUUCGUAGUGACAAUACGCUCGGUAAAAAUGCCGGAUUCGGGAUAAUGUGAAUAGCUUUAUAUAAUUUGUAUAGCCACUAAGCCCUUCCGACAGUAUUACCGGCCCGGAGCAGUGGGAACCCGGCCUUAGUAUUUUUGCUGAUUUGUCGAUCUCCUGACAUUGUGACUAGCAGCUGUUCAUGAGUGAAAAGAUUAAAACAGUGUAGCAAAUAUCAUGGAUCAUACUUAGAUUAGUUAAGUGUAGAAAUAGAUCAUGUGUAUAGAAAGUUGUCUACGAAUGUUUUGUUAAACUUACAAACAGAUUAUGAUAUUUCUUGCUUUGAAAGUGUUGACAAUACGAAAUGCACGCGUGGGAGCGAAGCAGCUAAAUGGACGUGAAUUAUAUUAUAAUACAGGAAUCUAUAUGGUUACAUAUUAAAUACUAUUAAUACAUAUGUAUUAAAUACCAUAACGGGGACACGUAUAUAAGUAUAUCGAUCUCAGUUUGAGAAACUUCUCAGAUUUUUUUAUAUCAUUGAGGGACGAGACGAGCGAUGAACGUCGUUCAUGUGAUGGUAAUUGAUACGACCUGCCCAUAACAAUUCAGUGCCCCUUAGGAUUCUUGAACCCAAAAUCUCUGAGCGGCACUACAAUUGCGCUCGUCACCUUGAGACAUGAGAUGUUAAGUCUCAUUUGCCCAGGUAUUCACUAACUACGGCGCCCUUCAGACCGAAACACAAUAAUGUUUGUACUUUACGGCACAAAAAGGCGCCGUUGUGGUAAUUAUUAUGGUGACCACAACGGCGCCUAUUUCUGCCAGCAUCCUGUGCAAAGGAGCCUCCCACUGGUGAAAUUUGACCUUACAAGGAACACAUAAAUAUUAAACUUUCUCAGUAUUUUGUAUUUCUGCGCACCAUUUUUCCUUUUAUUUUAUAUAUUAAUUAUGAAAUUUUAAGUAUCUACAAAAAUUUAUUAAGAGUUUAUAAGUGUUUAUUAUGUAACCCUGUACUUUCUGUGUACAUUGAUAUAUUUAUGUAAAUAAUUAUGUACAGUAAGUUUUGAGUUAUACCUAAUAAAUGAAUUGUUCUUCAGAUCCCAGUAUGAACUUUACUCAAUUUGUAAAUAAAAGGUCAUUUAUACGUCUAUAUAGACUGUGACAACUGUCAAAACUCAGAAAAAUUGAGUUUGACAGUUAACCUCUAUUUUGAAAAAUGCACGUAGACUAACACAAAGUGACAUACAAAUCGCGAGUGUAAGACGUAGCUUGUCACGUACACUAAAGUAAUAAACCUGACCUGUUUUCAUCGGUUGUCUAGCAGAAAGAGGCUCCAUCUAGACGUAUAUAUGAUCUUAAAUUAAAGGUUAAAAAUGAUUAAUUGCUUGCUUGGUAAAAAAAUAAUAUUGAAAUUAUAUUUGGAUUGAGUAACAUAGAUUUCAAUAAUUGAACUCAAAGGUGAAUUUUCAAAUAAUAAUUGUGAAUUGAACACAUCUCAAUAAAUAUUUUAGUUGGCAACACUUUUAAGUGAAAACUUAAUUAUACGCAAAGUUUAGAACGUUAUCAUUUUUAUCUCUUUUUAAAAAUUUCAAGAUUGUUUUUGCUACUUAAGUUUUAAGUGAUGUUUUUUUAUGUCUUUUAUGCCACAGAAAUCUUUGCCAUUUAUAUAUCACUUGACUAAUUGCUUUUUACAUCUCGACUUUAACUGUUGAUUGAGAAUAACUCUUUCUUUGUGAUAAUAUAAAGAGAAAAAAAAUAUGGUUUGUGAGGAAUUGUGUUGUUUACGUAUUGAAGAAAUCAAUGUUUUUAUUAUUAGAUCAUAUAUACGUCUAGAUAGACUGUUACAACUGUGAAAACGACGAAAAAAAUUGAACUUAGAACUAACCUCUAUUUUGAGCAAUUCACGCACACUAACACAAAGUGUCAUACAAAUCGCGAGUGUAAGACGUAGCUUGUCACGCACACUAAAGUAAUAUUCCUCCAUUUUUUGCCCUUUCAUGUUAAAAGAGCUAAUAGUUAUUUCACAGCUUUGUAUGAAUCAUUUGUGUGUCAUUACAGAAUUCAUAAGAACAUUUUUAAUGCAACUCUUUCAUAUACAGUUGUCAUAUUUGAACGAUUUAAGGCAACUUAAAAUGCUAGUGAAAAAUUCAUCUGAAAUCAAUUAAAAGAACUAAGCAAAAUAAAUACUUAUCGAAGUGUAUAAAAAAUUUUUGACGGAAUAUUUGGAACUUGGAUGUACAUCAAUAUAUACUUCAAAAAUUUUUUUGCCUAAAUGAAUAAAUCUUACAUCAUUUAUACGUCUAGACAGACUAUGACAGCUGUGAAAAGUCAAAAAAAAUAAAAGAGGUUGACAGUUCACCUCUAUUUUGUGCAAUACACGCACACUAAAGUAAUAAACCUGUUUUGAUCGUUUAUCAAGAGGCUCUAUCUAAACGUAUAAAUUAUCUAUGGUAUAAGAAAGGGCCAUUAUCUCCUCUCUAUGUUACUCAUUUGUCAUUUCAUCAACGACGACGGGUUAUUUGAUCGUGUGAAGUACAAAAUGGACACGUUGUGACGCGAGUGAAAAAUGGCAAUGAUUUGAUCUCUAUUUUAGUCAAAUAUUGGAAGGUGUUCGCGCCAUACGACAUCGGUAAAAGUGCAUUAAAUAGUUUUAGUUUGAGACGCGCGAUAGGAAAUUAUAAUAAGAGAUUUUUGUAUUUAUUUAAAUAGAUCUAUAUAUUAGGUAAUUUGUAAAGUAGUUGUAAGGUUUGUCUGUAGGACGAUGGCGGCAGUCGAUCGGCAAGUAAGUUAGUACUUAAAGUUUUCGUUUGCUUGUUUCGUUGUGGCGGCGAAGGAUCUGCGAUCUUUGUGAUGUUGUUCAUAUGUACUCAAAUGAGAUUAAGUCUUUUGCUUUUAGCGAUGCGGAGCGUUAGUUACGUGUAAAUAUUAUCUCUAGUGCGUUUUUGGUUGUAGUUAAGCCGGCUUUACACGUACUGUUCUGAAUCAAGAAUUAUUUCUGGACAGUCCGUUUGAAAUAAAUGUCUAUUCUAUGAAAAUGUAAAUAUUAAGAUAUAAAAAAGAAAUGUUUUAUUUCCGAUCUGCUAAAUAUUUUUUUUUGAAAUGAAAAAUAUAAACUUGUUACAAAGUUAUUCCUGAGUAUAACCAAAGAAUAUGCAAAAUUUUGACUAUAUUGCUGACAACACUGUCAAUACAAUGAUUAACAAAUAAACCCGAGAAACCUUAUACAUCUAGAAUAUCUAAUUGUAAACGUUUUGCAUAUUCUUGGUUUAUACUCCGGUAUAACUUUAUCUACUUACUUACUCUACUUUAUAUACCAUGUUUAUUUGUAAGGCCGAUAGUGUUUAGCCCUUAUAAAGUAUUUGUAGCACAGACUUAACAAAGGUGUUAGGGCUGUGCUGGUGCAAAUUGCUUGUGGGUUCAGAAGUUCGUGUCUGUUUAUUCUGAUGCAAUUAGAACAAUCCAGAACCCUGAUUAGAAAGGCGGACGUGUAAGCCGCGCUUAAGUGUAUUUGUUUGCUUGUGCGACAUGUGUUUCAUAUCGACAAUCUGCCAUAUCAAUAUGAAGAAUAUAUAGUCGUGUUCGGAGCGCACCAUUUGCUAUCCAUUUUUUUUUUCGUUGGAUUUUUUCGUUUUUUUUUAUCGAGUCCCUCCUUCGAGCAAAUGGUCGCUCGCAGAACUCUGACAAUUGUACAGUAUUUUAAAGAUAAUAUUACGUUAAAAUUUGUAUGAAAAAUUUAAUUAUAUUGUCUUCUUAAAAUAA